AUGAUCGUUCCGGAUGAGCGUGGUAUGAUAGAAGCCGCUCUUGUCCAAAUGAGUGCUAACAGUGAUGUCAUCAUCACCACUGGUGGAACGGGAUUUGGAAAAAGGGAUGUUACACCAGAGGCGACUUUGAAUGUGGUGGAACGCCGUUGUACAGGUCUCGAAGUCGCUAUUCAUAGACACUCGUUGGAGGCGACCCCGAUGGCAGCAUUGAGUCGGGCCAUUGCUGGCAUCCGUGACUCCACACUUAUUGUAAAUUUCCCAGGGAGUGUGAAAGCUGUUAAGGAGUGCUGGGAGGUCGUAGAACCCAUCCUUCAUCACGCUGUCGACCUUCUACGCAAUCGCGACGACGGCAGCUUGCAUGCGGCUAUGGCUAAGUAA